GAUUCAUCACCGACGCCAUUAAGGAUAAAAAAAAAAAAGACUGCGAGCCGGCGGCUGGCCCCUGGGACGUGGAAAACUCCACAAAGGGGCGGGAUAUUUGAUCAUUUUUUCCCCUUUUAGGUUGGGUUUGUUGCUAAGAUGACGAUUACCAUGCCGGGAAACUUAUAAUCACAUCGAUAGAUAUGAUGAUCGAUUAGCGAGGGCUCUGGACGUGGCUAUGGCUCCGGUAGUCAAUGAAAUUGACGUUAUGAUACAUCGCCAAGCGUCGACUGUUCGCGUUACAAUCGACUCAAUGAUGGGUAAGCCGUCACACGGAAGGAAUGUUGACGAUGAAGGCAAGCUCUUUUCUCUGCGGAGAGGUAAAGCAAUACGGGGGGUAUCGAUAAAAUCUGGGUUUGAGUUUUUUUGCAGGCACACGGCGUCAUGCGGUCGAAAUGUUUGUCUGUCGGGCUUUCUGCAGCGAAGGAAACGGCGAUGCAUUGAAGAAUGCGGCAGGGGUCCUGGGAGCAUCUCAUUUCACGAGAGUUACGACUGGACUCGCCCUUCCGGCACCACUGCGGCGGCGCACGGGGCGGCAACGCUCAGAUGGGGCGGGCCAGGAACAUGGAAGAAACGGACGACGGUUGAGAUAGGUACAUACCUAGUGGGCGCGUACGUGUGCAAUGGCCGAAGUCGCGCGGGCGAGGACUGCAUGUAGUUGCUGGCCAUCAAACAUGUGUCAGGAUAUCUAUUCUCCGAGGACGGGUGCGCAGGC